GGAGGAGUGCAUCCUGGCCGCCAACCGAUAUUAUAGAUAACGAGGAGAAUGUUCGGGAAACACUAGGCACCAUUUGCUCCCCUCCGCCGCCGCAGCCGCAGGCUAUCGUCCGCUUCCUCCGUUCGGUUCAGCUCUCGAGUUUUCACGAUGAAGAUGAUCGCUGCCUACCUGCUUGCUGUUCUGGGUGGAAACACUUCCCCCACUGCUGAUGAUGUUAAGAGCAUUCUGGAAUCAGUUGGGGCUGAAACUGAUGAAGAGAAACUGGACUUCCUGCUCACAGAACUCAAGGACAAGGACAUAACAGAAGUGAUUGCAGCUGGAAGGGAAAAGUUCGCCUCGGUGCCUUCAGGUGGUGGUGCAAUUGCCAUGGGAGCUCCGGUUGCUGCAGCUGGUGGUGCAGCACCUGCUGAAGAGGAAAAGAAGGAAGAGAAGGUUGAAGAGAAGGAAGAAUCUGACGAUGAUAUGGGUUUCAGCUUGUUCGAUUAAGUGCUGCUGCACUGCAUAUAGUUUCUUCUCGCGUAUGGUCUGAUACGUCGGUUGGUAUCCGCAGAAUAACCAUGCUGAAAACUACUAUUUGUGUGCUAUUUUGCGUGUGAUUGUAUAUGUCUAGUACCUUGGUAUCAUGAUAUGUGAGACCGCGUAUUCAGGAAACUUUGAUGUUUGAUGUAAAUCUGCAUAAAUUGAAUUCCCGAACGUUCAGUAUCGUAAGAUCUCCCAGCAUCUUACGAUGCAUCUGGGCAGUGGCUGC